AUUGCGCCAUGCAUACCCCCAGCGUCUUUGCCUGACCGCUUCAGCGCUGGCAAGCGUCAGUUUUGGCGCGAGUUUUUGGCCCUCUAUCAAGGAAUGCCACAGCUAUGGGACGCUAACCAUGUCGACUACCGAAAUAAGGAACUGCGAAACAAGGCCUACGAGCUUUUGGAGACGAAGCUAAGAGAGAUCCAGCCGAAUGCAACGCGCACUGAAGUUGGGCGGCGCAUCAACAUCUUCCGGACGAACUACCGCCGCGAACAGAUGCGAAUUCUGAAGCAAAAGGAACUGGGAUUUCAUUCGGAUCUGUGCAAGCCCACGCUUUGGUUCUACGACUAUAUGGGAUUCCUUCUGACCCAGGAGUCGUUUCAACAAGGCAGAACCAGAAAAGUUCGCGGAACGGCGACCACAAAACCAAAGACGAUGUUUGAGUUUGGAAAAGAUGCCUCAUCAGACCCAUUGGAUGCUGUGAGUGACUGGCCAACAAAGGAGACAAUAGCCACCUAUCUACCAGAGCAAGGUGUGCAACAAUCAGAGGAGAGUUCGCUGCUGAGUCCGAAAAUAGAGAUCAUCGAGCAUGACGGGGAACCCAUGGAUACUGAUAGGCUCACACGAGACGGCGAUGUCAAACCGGAAAUUUGUGGCUUUAACACAUCCGACUAUAAGGACCGCAACGUCUCCACGAACGUGGCGUUGACUGUGGGCAGAGGAUCAAAUGGUACAGACGCCCAUCCAGCUUUAAGCGAGGCCUCGGAGGUGCUGGCCAAGUCUUGGGCGGUUCAGUAUGAAGAGAUGGCACCGACGCAAAGAAUCUUGGCACGAAAAGCCAUUGCCGAUAUUCUUUUUGAAGGCUGCAUGGGCAAUUUGCGAAUAAACCGUGGCGAAACACGCAGCACAGUGGGAAACCAUUUGUAGAUCUAAUAAUUAUAAAAUUAAAUGAAUAAUCAAAAAAAUAUUUUACGAGUGGUCAAUACUGUCGCUAAAAUGUUUGAAACGAGAGUAGUUUUAGCGCCAUAUACUUGGCGGCAGUGCUGCAAAGCGUAAUAUCGAGUUUCUCGAUACGGCGAACAUUAAAAUAACGCCACGAGUGGGCAUUUUAACCAAGUUGGCAGCUCAUUUAUUAUUGUUCGCAUUCCCAUCAGGGUGACAUUUUGUUUAAACCUUACUUUAUAAACAAACCCGUGAAAUGAGCUCUUAAAAUUAGCCAGUCUUGAAGGGAAAUCGAUUCGACAAUCGGAUAAAAUUAUGUAUUCACAGCUGAGAGUUCUCAUUAUUAGCAUUAUCCAAAAGAAUAUUAAAAUCGAGGAAUAUGGUUUCUAAUUAACCCAUUGUAUGCCAAGGGGUUUUUUUUAAUAUUCCACCGAACAUAACAAAUAUGUAAUCAUUUUACCGCAGUUCAGGUGAUAGAUAUCUUUUUUUUUUGUAAGUUCAGAGGAAAGAUGGCAUGGAUCUACAAGAAGAAGUCACACUCAGUAACAUUUACAGCCAUUUACCUCAAGUCGCUGAGCUGUUUAAAUAGAGGGGGGUUAAGUGGGUUAAGUUCGAUUUCAUAUCACAUUGCUGUUGAGGCACCAAAAGUCGAACAAUUUUGAUUCAGUAGUUUUAUAUAUUGGAUUAAAUUAAGGAAACAGCUUAAAUGAUAGUUUUGAUUCUGAGCAACAGGGAGAUAAAGAAUAUGCAGACCUUCAAGGGGAUGAACAAAACAACUUUGAAGGAUUUGUUUAACUCUGGAUUCGAGCACUUCAAGGUCAGCAAAGGGCCGAAUGGGCAUUUCUUGUCCAGAAAAUGCCAGGAAAAGCUGAGGACUAAGUUACCCGCGUCGUCCUACGAGAACGUCAUGGCGUGGGCAGGUGACUGGAUAUCGAAGCUAAAUGGAGAGACUGAAGCUUCUUCGAAAGCAGAAUCGAAACAGACUAACAGUGUAACUGAGCAACCAGCAUCCGAAUCAGUCGAAGCAGCCACAAACAAACCUUCGACUAUCAUCAUUGACCUCUGUAGCGACGAAGAUGAAGAUGAAGAGACUUGCGAAAGUCUGGAUAGUUUACUCGACAGCGAAUCCAGCCUGUCGAAACCUCCGAUAAUCAUCCAUGAUGACGAGAUAGGCGAUAUAGAUUUAAAAGACUACGCAGAUCACGUGGAUGGCAAGCUUGACUUAGAGACUCUUAAGACGCGUAAUAUUAAGAACGAAAUUAUUGCUAAAAGAGUAAGCCAGACUGCGAUCGAAGAUCGAUCGAAGGCGAGAGCCAUCCGAUCAAAGCAGAAAGCUAAACAAGACAAGCUCAGCCCGGACAAGGCACAAGAUGAGCCCACCACUCAAGUCCUUUCUGAUCAAUCAAAUCUGAAACCCAACGAAGACGGGACCCCCACCACCCCUCUCAAGGCACCAAAAGAAACCUCCCUAAGAAUUCGCACUUACCAAAAAAUUAAAAAAGUCGAACAGGACCAGAUCACUACUGGCAAGACACACGAAGAACCCAAAAUAGGAUUCCACAUGGACAAAUCGAAUAUCAGUAUCAAA